CACUCUACAAGACUAAGCAUCUGCACGAAUAACAAGCUUUUACACGGAGAAGAGCUCCUCGAUCCAGAAGUGGUUCCCAGAGACUACUCGCCUUCGCAACUCAAAUCAGUCCACUACCAUGCCCACGUCAGACAUUGGUUCGACCAUAUCUGUCCAGGGAGGGUUCCAGGAACACAAAAUCCCGUCAAAAUAUGUAUCGAGCCCACAACGUCUCUCCAGCUUCCUGAAGGAAAACUAUGGAGACAUCAACUACAAAGUAGAGAUGCGGCAUAACUUCUAUUCCAUCAAGGCACCCUCAACAGAACGACAAAUCAACUGGGCUUUUUUGCGCGGGUGAUUGCCAAUCCUGAAGCCUGCACGUAAACUCAUCUGAAGAGUGAUGUGACUCUCACGGCGCCGGCACGCAGUAAUACGCACUCACUCAAAGUGGAACAUGUGAUAGAAUGCUGUACUCAAUUCUUACGACUUAUUAAUGAACGCAACAUCGAUCGGCAUCGAAGAUGAUGGAGCUGAGGGUCCUAGGCAAAGGCGUUAGCUAUUUAGCUUGGUGUUUUUCGAGCUUUAGGUCUCUGAGAUCUCAAGAGUUUAAAUUUUGGAAGGCUGGGGGUAGAAAGCCUUUAGACACAUUCGCAUGUG